UUUAUUGCACAUGUAACUUGUUAAGGUACAGUUGUACAUUUAUCUACUCCAUGUUUACUGUAUCUCCAGGCUUUGUUUUGCACAUGGCACCUUAGUAUGUUUGUUGCUUGAAUGGUUACAAGUCUUAUCUCUAUUCUAGCUAUUAUUCUAGCAAAUUUGGUUUUAUACUUAUGUUCAGUUUGUGGUGUUGUUGUUUUGUUGCAUUAUUAUUACUGUCACCACAUUUCAUACUUUGUGUAUAUACUACAGUACUGCCACUGGCCCAGUCACGGCCUCUUUGCCGAACGGACCUCACAGGGUUGUCCUGUGAGGGUGAAACGGGUGAAAAGACUCUCCUGGAGCUCCUUUGAAGCUAAAGGCGGCACAUAAGCGCAAUAAAUAAAUAGAGGCACGUGCCCUAACACAAGCGGCCUUCGCGCCUCAACCCGGGGCCUUGCCUUUGAGGCGGCCGCCCGUCGUCGCGUAAAGGCGGCGGCGGCGAAAGCGCCACGGCCCGCUUAGGGAGGCCUGCGCGUGUAUCUGUGUGCAGGUUCACGCUAGGCACUUGACACGUGUGUGUGUUCGUGUGAGGGAACAAGGCCUUGCUUCGUCUAUCUCCCCUCCCAGGCCUCGCCUUUGCUGAGGGGAGCGAGCGAGGGGAGGCCCGGCCUCUCCUCUCCCCUCAGCCGAGGCCACGGCGCUCGGCGGCCGAGGACAAAAGCGCGAGCAUGAUCAAGCGAGGCGGGCCGCCUCUGAUCAUUAAGCGGGGAGCCUUUUGAUGGCCGCCGGCCCCCGCCCGGGCUCACAAAGGGCCUAUUCAGCGCGGCCGCCUCCUCCUCCUCCUCCUCGGCGGCGCGCAGCGGGGCUGAACCAGGGCCCGGCCGGGCUCCCCUAAUGAAGCCGCCGCGCUGGCCCUCGCGCGCCUCCCCUUCUCACCGCCCCAAUGGCAGGACCCUCGCCUGGCACCGCUGCCGGCCCUAAUGAACGAAUUCUCUCGCGUUUAUUUAUUUAUUAUCAUUUAUUCUUUCGGUGUGCCCUCCCCCCCCCACAAAAAAACAUGAGCGUCGUCUGUGCGGGUCCCCCCACCCCCGAGGGCACCGCAUAUAGGCGCGCAAGGGCGGCCUCGGCGGCAGCCGCUCCGCUCGCCCCGAGGGGAAAGGGAGGCUCCUUCUCCCUCUCCUUCUCCUCUUCCCUCCUUCGCACCCCACGCCGCCCCGGAGGCGAUGGGUCCCCUGGUGCUGCUGCUGCUGGUGGAUCGGGCCCUGGCCGCCCCCCUGGGCAAGGAGCUCUGCCCGAUGCCCCCCGGCGCCUUGCGAGGUAAGAGCAGCGCCUGCCUGGGAGAGGAGGGACGACCUGGAUUUAGUCAUCAUUUUUUUAUUUCUAUAUAUCGAUAUAGCCAUGUCAAUAUGUAGCUUUAUUUUAAUGGGUCAAUGAGCACCUGGUUUUUAUUACACUCCCUGCUUGGGGAGGCAGUGUCGCGCAGUGGUUAGCGCGGCAGAGGUUUCAGGAGCAGGUUUACUGAAGGGAAGGGCUGCAGCUCAAGGGUAGCAGCUUUGGCAGCUGUAGUCCCCAAAUAGCUUUGGGGGUGACCUCGCCCCCAUCUAAAAACCCUGGAGAGCUACUGCCGGUCAGUGGAAGCAACACAGAGCCAGGUGGGCCAGUGAUGUGAUUCAUUGCAGGGCAGAUUGUUUCCCAUGUUCCUGUAGACACCAUAGGGCUCAGGCAGAGCCCGUUUUCCAACUCCAGGCUCUUUUAACUGGUUGUUUCAGAGAUUUGAACCUGGGGCCUUCUGCAUGCAGAGCAGCUGCUUAGCCGUUGAACUGGACACUGUUGUUACCCCACAUCCCCUAUGACUUCUCUGGGGGUUUUUAAACAGCGGUACUGCAAGUUAAAGGGACGCGGGUGGCGCGCUGUAGGUUAAACCACAGAGCCUGGGACUUGCCAAUCAGAAGGUCGGCGGUUCGAAUCCCUGCGACAGGGUGAGCUCCCAUUGCUCGGUCCUUCUCCUGCCAACCUAGCAGUUCGAAAGCACGUCAAAGUGCAAGUAGAUAAAUAGGUACCGCUCCAGUGGGAAGGUAAACGGUGUUUCCUUGCACUGCUCUGGUUCUUAGUCAUGCCAGCCACAUGACCCGGAAGCUGUACACCGGCUCCCUCGGCCAAUAAAGCAAGAUGAGCGCCGCAACCCCAGAGUCGGUCACGACUGGACCUAAUGGUCAGGGGUCCCUUUACCUUUACCUUUUACUGCAGGUAAAAAAUCAACAGGUGCUGUUCAUUCUCGAUACAGAGAUGCAAUAAGGCCGGUAAGGUCCUCUUCCAGGUUCUUUUAACCUGGGACCUUCUGCAUGCCAAACAGGUGGAUCUCCCACUGAGCUGUGGUCGUAUUUCAUAGACUGCUAUAGGGUGUUUCACGUUGGCUGUUUCCAUAAUCUGGAUGACAACCUUGUAAAGCAGACUAGCAGUAUUUCUCUCCCACCCACCUACCCCCACCCUACCCCCGUGUUAGCAAAUGGGGAGAGGAAGGCUGGGCUUGAAUGCAUAAUGGCUUGCCCAAGGCUGCCUUAGGGAGUCCAUGGCUGACUGAGGGGGGAUUUAAACCUGGAACUCCCUACCCCAACAUCGGGUCAUUAAGCCACUAGCUCUCUGGCUUGAUACCAGGCUAGUAAAAGCGGGAAGUGGAAGGAGAACGGACACUUCUGGCAUACUGUAGCCUUGUUUGCAUGCAGAAGGUCCCGGGUUCAGUCCCAGCAUCGUCGGGUAACCUGGAAAAGAGGAGACUGAGAGGAGAUAUGACACCAGUAUUCAAAUAUCUUAAGGGGUUUCACAUGGAGGAGGGAGCAAGCUUGUUUUCUCCUGCUCCACAAGGUAGGACUCGAACCCAUGGCUUCAAGUUACAAGAAAGGAGAUUCUGACUAAACAUCGGGGGGGGGGGGACUUUCUGACAGUAAGAGCUGUUUACAUUGGGACAGACUCUCUUGGAAAGUGAUGGAUUCUCCUUCCUUGGGUGUUUUUAAGCAGAGGCUGGAUGGCCAACUCAGGGAUGCUUUGGCUGAGAUUCCUGCAUUGCAGGGGGUUGGACUAGAUGACCCUCAGGGUCCCUUCCAACUGUACGAUUCUGGGGAAUGCCCUUGCCCAAAAUCCUGGAGAAUUGCAGCCAGUCAGUGGGGACAGCGUUGUGCCAGAUGAACCAUUGGUCUGACUCCGAAUGGGGCGGCUUCAUGUGCUUCUAUCCUGUCUGCACUCAUGGCCUCUCUCCCGUUGGAGAAAGAUCAGCAGCAGGGCAUUGCUCAGUCCUUGGCAUCUCCAGUUGGGCUGGGAGAGAGGCGUCUGCCUGAAACAGCUGCGGCCAGUCAGUACAGAGCUGGGCUAAUGUCCUGACUUUAUAUGGCAUCUUCCUGUGUCUCCGUCUUUCUUUCUCCAUGUUUUCAGUCCUCUUCCAUGCAUGCUAGAUCCAUGUGCCUACACACUUCUAGAGCAUGGGAAUCUGCCUUCUCCUGAGUCAGACCAAUGGCCCAUUUAGCUCAGUAUUUCCUGCACUGACUGGCAGCGGCUCUCCCUGGUUUCAUACAAGACCCCCCCCCCAGCUUCUAGGGAUUGAACCUGGGACCUUCUGCAUGGAGAGCAGGUGCUCAAUCCGCACCCCCCCCCCCUGAAAUAUGGCCCAGCCACCUGGUGCCUUUAGUUCUAGUUUGACUUUCUCCAUCUUCACCUGUUCCAUGUAUGUAUGCCGGCAUGCACCUCCCUCUCGGUUCUGCGAUCGUCACUGCAAAGUGAAUGCAGACACAGUUUGGCAGAGGGCGCUGGGAUUAUUUGAUACCAGAUGCCCUCAGCCAAACACUUCUGGGAAAUCCUUCGCCUUUGUAACAGAGAUCAAGCCAACUUGGGGGCGGGGUGGGGAAUAAGAAAAAUUGAAUGCAGCCAGGCCAAACGGGGAAGUUGGCUGGAGCCAUUGGUAUGCCCAUCCAACAACUGACUGCCCUAACUGCCACUUUCCCAACGCCUGUCGUUUUCGCUCCAAGGUAUUUCCAGGGCCAGUUUGCUCUGUUGUUUUAAACCGUUGACAAUUCUUACUCCUAUGCAACAUCCAUAUAUACUUUUGCCAGUGCCACAUCAAUGUUUGUUUUGCACUUGCAAGGAAUCGGUCCUUCACAGUGGAACUCCCUGCCCAUUGAUAUUAGGCAGGCACCUUCAUGGUGGUGUUUUUAGUGCCUGCUAAAGACUUUUGGUGUUUAGGGAAGCCUUCCCAGACACGUCAUUUCAUUUGAUUAUGCAUACAUAUAUUCUAAUAACGGCUGAUUUUGCUUACGUUUUGAUACAUUCUAAAUAGCUUAUUUUGAACACCCAGUAUUCUUUUUUAACAAAACAUUUUAUAUUUUAUAUAAACCACUUAGGGAUGAUUAAGCAGUAUAUAAAUCCCGUUAAAUAAUUAAAAUAUUUACAGUUUAGCACAUGGCCACCAACAUAUAUGGCUUCAGAAGAGGAUUAGACAAAUUCAUAGAGCCAUGAUGACGGCUGUGAUCUGCCUCCACAAUCAGAGGGAGCAACGCUUCUGAAUCCCAGUUGCUGGAAACCUCAGGAGGGGAGAGUUGCUCUUGCGCUCAAAUCCUGCUUGAGGGAUUCCCACAGGCAUCUGGCUGGCCACUUUGAGAACAGGAUGCUGGCCUAGGUGGGCCAUUGGCCUGUUCCAGCAAGGUUCUUCCUAUGUUCUCAAUGAUAACAGCCAGAGUGUUUUUAAUGGUGACAAAAGGAGUACACACAUGAGCCUGUGUAGAGUGGGGAGUGGGAUUGUGCCUGAUUUGCUCCCCUGCUUUCCAGUUUCUGAAAUAGCUUGCAUGUGCACAGGUUAGUAAAACAGAGACCUCAAUUGCACAGAUAGAGACUACUGUGUGGACUAUUGUAUUUACACCAGCUUUUUCAGAAGUUAUGCAGAAAGUGUGGAGGCAGAGACAGCAGGCCCCAACCUGUUUCUCUUGUGCUGGUUCAUAACACCUGCAUUUCCUUCUUUCCGUUUGGACCCUCCACGAUCUGGAAAGACUCGGAGUACUUUUUUGAAUUCCAAUCUUACCAGUUCCGCAAAGUAGGCCUGCCGGUUUCCCCACCGACUCUGUGGCCAUGCCUUUAAGCUGCAGCUUGAUGUUCGCAGGUGGUAAAAGUGUGGGUCUCCUCCACGCCCCGCCAGGUGCCCCCUUCUCAUCCCCGCCACUCAUCCCUGCUCAUCAACGUACUUGUAAAGACACAGCUGCAAAGGCUGGCAGAGAAGUUGGCAACCCUGCCACAAAAAAGGUUGUGUUCCCUAAACAAGAUCCUGCCAGUUCCUGUGAGUGAGAGGGUGCAUUUGCAGUGGGUGGUGAGCAGGCUGGAGCAGGGGAGAUUCAUCCUUCCCACACUUUCUCCUUCUCUUCUAUAAAACGUAAGACGUUUUUUCUUUGCAGUGGGCUACCUCCCAGUCCCUGAAAUGGCUGUGGUGGGCAUUUGCAGGGGAGAAGCGGCUGGCAGGGGAAGGAGAAAGCACCCACUUCCACUGCUGAUCCCUCCCCCUCGCCAAAAAACGCCCCCUUUCCCCUUCUCAACAUUAACUUCUCUAUGUCUUGCCCCUUUGCAGCUCUCUCCAACCGUGGGACGCUGGUGCUGGAAGCCGCCAUGAAGAGUGCCCUGCUGUCCCUGGAAGGGGCGCUGUUGGAGCAUGCGCGACGCCUGCAGGAAUGUGAGGAGUGUGUGCUCUGCCUCUUUGGGAACUGUGGCAAUCGGACCAGGGAAUGUGUCCGUAAGUGUUUCCCCUGUUCCAGCCUCUUGGGGGGGGGCAUUGCUGGGUCCCCACGGGACUUUUACUAGAACCCCAACAUCUAUGAACCACAGAGCUGGGUGCAAAAGAAUUAUAGGCAGAAUAGAAGGAGGAAAACCAGGGUGCCUCUGAGCAUGCACUGAGCUCACAGCCCUGUUGCACAAAAGUCCGCGCCUGCCUUGGCCAGCUUCCUUAAUUUCAGCCACCUAACUCGGCUGCUGGGCUAGGCAGGCCUUAGCCCCAUCUACUGAAAAUCAGCCUGAGAUCUCUCAGUGCAUCCUGACCUUUUUGUUUCCAACAUCUGUGCAGGGGCAUGAGCACCAGAAAGGGGAGGAAGCAACAGAGGGAUAGGGAAACUCAGGCCUCGGGGGCCAACGUGACUCUCCAGGACUCUGCAUCUGGCCCUCGGAAUGCUCCCUAAGCCAUGCCCUCUCCUUAGGCUGCCCAGAGCGGGAAUGCGGCCCUCAUGUGGAAAAAGGUUCCCUGCUCCUGAAAAGCAAGUGUUGCAUAGUGGUUGGAGCAUUGGAAUAUUACCUGGGAGACCAGGGUUCAAAUUCCCACACAGCCAUGAAGCUCACUGAUCUUGGAGUCAGUCACCAUCUCCCAGCCUAAACUACUUCACAGGGUUGUUGUGAGGGUGAAAUGGGGAGGGGGAGGGGGACCAUUUACAUGCCACUUUGAUACCCUUGGAAGAAAAAUGUGGCACAUGAAUGAAAUAAAUGAACAAACAAACAAACAAACAAACAAACAAACAAAUAAAUAAAUAAAUAGAGAAGCGGCAGAUAUUUCAAAUGAAAAAGCAAGCCCCCAAGCCACCUUUGGAUCAUUGGUUGAUGCUGUUCGACAUCCAAUAAGACGCGUGUGUUGGGGACGGGUGGGAGAGGAGAUUUUGGUUCGCUCAGAGCAUCCAAAGGACCUUGGGGUGACCUGGGAGUGGGCUUCUAGGUCUUCCUCUCUCCGCAGCCUCGGAGUUGCCCCUGGGCUCCCUGCCUAGCUGUGAAGCCGUCCUGCAAGCCCAGGCCAUCCCAGAGCAGCCUGCCCAGAACUGGGCCCUCAGCAAAGCAUGUGCUCCAUACCGACGCCUCUGCUCAGGCCAGGAAAUGUCCCCCGACAGCUGUAUACGCCUCAUGGUCAGCCAUUGCCAGCUCCGCCUGCAGGAAUGCCGUGAGUGACAUGCCGGUGGGAGGCCAAGGCGGGGAGGGAGGUGUUCCUUGCGCUUCUCUGGCCUUGCUCUGCACCUAGCGUUGUGUGAUGGAGGCUGCACUGUGGCUGGUGAUGGUGGAUGGGCAAUAAUAAGUCAGAGAAGCAAAGCUACAGGGAACCAGGCAGAGGGCCUUCUUGGUAGUGGCGCCCACCCUGUGGAACGCCCUCCCAUCAGAUGUCAAAGAGAUAAACAACUACCCGACAUUUAGAAAACAUCUGAAGGCAGCCCUGUAGCGGGAAGUUUUGAAUGUUUGAUGUUUUAUUAUGUUUUGAUAUAUGCUGUAAGCGGCCCAGAGUGGCUAGGGAAACCCAGCCAGAUGAGCGGGGUAAAAAUAAUAAAUUAUUAUUAUUGUUAUUGUUAUUAUUAUUAUUUAUUAUAUAGACAUCCGAAGGCAGCCCUGUGUUAGGAAGUUUUUAAUGUCUGAUGUUUCGCUGUAUUUUUAUAUUACGCUGGAAGCCGCCCAACAUAAUACAAUAUAUUGUUAUGAUGGCCCAUCUAAUCCCCUCUCCCUCGUCCCCCCUUGCAGGGCUGGAAAGCGACAUGGACUAUUUGAACACAGUGGCAGACCAGUCCGAUCCAGGUGAGGAUGCCACCACUGGCGCAGUCACAGAAAACUCCACAUUUGCAGAAGUGGGGUGGAGCAGGGCUCGAAAGUCACCCCUGGAGGCUCUGGCCCAGCUAAUCCUCCCCCAGGCGGAUGCUCCUUCGCGUGCAUCACUGUUUCUCAAUUCCCUUUGACGGCCUCAGCGCCACAGGGCUCCGGGGCCCCAUGCACCAGCAUCUGUUUUCCAAUGCUUCCUGCAAGGGGAAAGGUCAGCGUUGGGCGCUGACAGGGCCACUGGGCCGAGCACUGCUCUCCGGGGACAAAACACUCGCCUUGUUAAUUGGGAUGAAGCUUGACAGCUACAUGAGCACACAGACCACUGCCUCCCCCUCCCAAAGCAGCCACUGCUGUGCUCUGUGCUAUUGCUGCCCAUAGGUUUUGGGGGAAAGGAGAGGUUUCCACUGUCUGGGUCCUGGCAGUCAGGGGUGGGAUCCAACCAAGUCAUACUUUUAGGGUUGUUGAUUUGGCAGGGGGAUUUCAUCCACUUCGCAUUCAAAGGUGAACGUGCCAAAUCCACACUUUCCUAAACAGUACGUGAACUGAUACGCAGUCCUCCUUCAAAAUUCACCCUUCUUCAGAUUUGGCAGUCCGAUAUCUACAGGCAGGCAACGUGUGCAAAAAUGCACCUGCCAGGGUAAAGUGUGCAUAAAAAUGCAUAUGUUUCUGUAUGUAGCAUACAGGAAUACAUUAUGCUAGGGGAAAGCAAAGCAGAAAACUGCAGUUGGUAUGCAUUGCACAAUGCAAAUGGAGUUGUGCAAUUUCGUAGCAUGCAAUUGAUGCUGUGUUCCCCAGUUUAUUCAGCAUUUUCUAGAUCGUGAGUAUGCAGGGAGAGCCAUGUAGGGCACUAUUUCAAAAAUCUUAUCUGCAGUGCAGUGGCUUCUGACAUUUUCGUCAGAUGCACAGUUCCAGGUCCCGUAAUAUCUAUUACCUUUCUUUUUUUUAAAAAAACAAAAUUAAUUUAAAAGUAGAGAUUAUUAGGUAGCCAGAAUUGGUGCCCAGUUACCCAUUCUGAACUUUUUCAGUGCUUCUGUGAAAUCUUGGAACCUGGCUUACUAGUCCCAUUUCAGAGUUGGGGCUGUGGAGAGACGGCAGUUUGCCCCCAAAUGAGUUCAACAUGGCAGAACUGAGACUUGGUUGUGAAUCUUCCAGGCCCAGCUAUUGGACUAUGAUCAUGAGUCUUGACAGCCGCCCCACAAUGUCCCCUAACUUCUUCUUUUUGUUUCAAUUGCCAGGGCUAUGUGGGCACCGCGGGGUGCCAGCUCCCAACGCAACGAUGGCAAAGGCAAAGAUCGUGGGAGGCAGCAAAGCCUGGCCUGGCGCGUGGCCUUGGCUGGUGUCUGUUCGGCUCAACGGAGAGCUGAUGUGCGGUGGGGUGCUAGUGGGGGAUGCUUGGGUCCUCACGGCAGCCCACUGCUUCACAGGGUAAGGCUGUGCUCUGGGAAAAGACUCCAGGUCCUGCAUUCACACAUGCAUGUCUUCAUUUCAGAAAUGUACUGCUACUCAGUGAAAUUCAUGAAACAGUGUGCAGUUUUUUUAAAAAGACUGCUGUGGCACUGGAACCAGUGUGAGGAAUCUCAGGUCCUGGUGCCAAAUGUGCCCCACCAGGCCUCUACCACUGACCCUCAGGGCUCUCCCAAGGCCACACCCUCACCAGCCAGACUUCAUGCUGUCAUUGAGUGCAUUGGCCUGGCAGGUAAUGCCUCUUGAUUGCUUGAAUGGAGAUUAGAGAGGAGUGUGUGAGCAUGUGUAGAAACUAGCCUAUCUCAAGAAACAAUGGCGUGUGCCUCCAGGGGUGGAGUUAAAACUGCUGCAUUAGCAGCACCAAAGUGUGUGCAAGCCUGGGCAAUGUGUAGGAAGGUCUUGGGCUGCCCAGAUAACAAGACCCCCCCCCUCCCAGCCUUGCUGAUAAGAUCCAAAGGAAAGCAGAGCAAUACCUUUGGCACCAGUUUCACAGCAGGAGUUGCUGGAAGGAAGCAUACAAGGUGCCCACCCAACUGUCUUAGGGUCUCUACUCCGGAUUUGUGUAGGAUUUACUCCUCAGCCCUUUUUUCUCCCAAAGAUAUCCCACAUGGCAGUGGAGGUUUAGGAUCAAAUGGGAAAAUUUGCAUGAAUUGCUCCACCCACAUUUGUCUCUGUCCCCACCCACCGUGGCCCCUGUAAGGUUGUCCAGAAGGGAAUGUGGCCCUCUGUUCGGAAAGGGUUACCCACCCCUGACUUAAACCAAGGAUGGUGAGCCUGUGGCCCUUCAGAUGCUGUUGGAUUCCAAUCAUUCCUUGCCAGUCGUUCCACUGGUAGCUGUAGUCGCAUUGUCUAACCUCUGAAUUGCAGUUGCUAUGUAUCACAUGAGGCAGAGGGCUGUUCUACUGAGAUCCUGCUUGCACGCCUCCAAUAGUCAUCUGGUUGGCUGCCAUGAGAACAGGAUGCUGGGCUAGACAGGACAUUGACCUCAUCCAGCAGGGUUAUUUUAAUGUUCUUAUUGAGCAAAGUCCAGCUUCCCCCAGUCUUUGCUGCCCCCUGGCGUCGGGAAAACCAGUUGGCUCCAGUUAAAGUGAAAAUUGGAUCUGGCUGACAUCCAUUGAGCACAUUUAGUGGGCAUGGAAGACUUGCUGUUUGCUUUUGUGUGGUGGGGCAGCAACCAAAAACCAGGGGAGAAGGGAGGGCAUGGCUGGCACCCUGAACAGAAGCACUCUGCACUGUGUUGUUGUUGUUAUAUUGUGUCCCCUUAUGAUAAUAAUUUGAAACUACAAGAGCCUUGACUGCUCUGUAGAAGCCAAAGAAUAAGCGAGCUAACAGGUCAAGGUGGCUUAUCUUGGUGCUGUGACCAAAAGGGCUCUGCUACUCUUGGCAAGCUGCCAACCAGAAGGUGGGGAGACUUGAGGAAGAUCCUCCUCCAAGGACCAGAUCACACAAGGAAAUUUGAAUAGGAGAAUGUGGUCCCAAGUCCUUCCCAGCUCCAUAAUUCCUUGAUCUGAUAUAAUGCUGCCCAAACUGUUCAAGCCAGCCGCCAAAUCCAACAGCUGAUUGGUAUCUGUUAGCCAGAGCGAGUAAUUAUAGAUGCAACACUUUGUUUUCUUCCUAUGAGCACUUGAGUAAAUUGCAUGGCUUGGGUGGCUUUAAAAGAGAAUCGGACAAAUUCAUGGAGGAUAAGGCUGUCAGUGACUACCAAACCUGAUGGCUACAUUUUCCCUCCACAGUCGGGGACAGUAAUGGUUCUCAACGCGAGUUUCUGGUGCAGGUGGGGAGAGGGCUCAUGUGCUUGAAUCCUGCUUGUGGGCUUCACAUAGGCAUCUGUUUGACCACUGUGAGAACAGGAUGCUGGACUGAGUAGGCUACUGUUCUUACGUACCCUCCUGUCUUUCUACCUGCAGAAGCAGAAACGAACUGGCCUGGUCAGUGGUCCUGGGCGAUUACGACCUGACAAAGCCGGAUGAAGGGGAGCGGGUUGUUCCGGUCAGCCGCAUCCUUUCCCAUCCCAAGGUGAGCUGGGUCGCCACCUCCUGCUCCACCCACCCACAGCGAUCCCAUUCUUAGGGCCUUUCUCCUUUCCUCCACUCUCAACUUCUCUUUUCUCUGCCUGCAGUUCAACCCCAAGACCUUCCACAAUGAUGUGGCUCUGUUGGAACUGAGCAACCCCGUGACCCCGUCGGCCUGGGUGACUCCAGUGUGCCUUCCUGAGCAACCCAUGGAACUGGCCACAGGGAUGCCCUGCUAUAUCAUUGGCUGGGGAUCGCUCUAUGAAGGUAGUGUGAGGAAGUGCAACCCAGGAGCAUGUGGGGAGCAGGGGCCAGGGUUGGGGGAGAAAUUUGGUUUAGUUCACAUCUAAAAAUUAUUAUUAUUUCAUUAUUCAUACCCCACCCAUCUGCCUGGGUUUCCCCAGCCACUCUGGGCCGCUUACAGCAUAUAUCAAAACAUAAUAAAACAUCAAACAUUAAAAACUUCCCGAUACAGGGCUGCCUUCAUAUGUCUUCUAAAAGUUAUGUAGUUCUUUAUCUCCCUGACAUCUGAAGGGAGGGCAUUCCAUAGGGAAGUUGCCACUACUGAGAAGGCCCUCUGCCUGGUUCUCUGUAACUCCACUUCUCGCAGUGAGGGAACUAGCAAAAGACCCUCAGAAGAGGACCUCAGUGUCCGGGCUGAGUGAUGGGGGUGGAGAUACUCCUUCAGGUAUACUGGACCGAGGCCAUUUAGGGCUUUAAAGGUCAGCACCAACACUUUGAAUUGUGCUCAGAAACACACUGGGAGCCAAUGAAGAUCCUUUAGGACUGGUGUUAGAUGGUCCCAGCGCCCAUAUAACUGAAGGAACAAACUGACUGAAUUUGCCCUUUCCAAAGCAGUACGCCAACCGAAACACAGCCACCCUUUGAAAUUUGCGUUUCUCUGAAUUUUGCGAUUUACAGUCAUAUGGCAGGGGGUUGGACUCGAUGGCCCUUGUGGUCUCUUCCAAUUCUAUGAUUCUAUAUACAAAAAUGCACUUUACUAGGCUAAAGUGUGCCUGUGAAUGCAUGUAUUGGUGGAAACACAUUGCAGAAAUGUGUUAAUAGUUGAGAAUCCUACAUUGCAAAAAUUUGCGCACAAAAAUAUGUAUUUGGGGAUAUCUCAGUUGGUUAGAGCAGGAGACUCUUAAUCUCAAGGUCAUGGCUUCAAGCCCCACAUUGGGCAAAAGAUUCCUGCGUUGAUUACCCUCUUGGUCCCUUCCAGCUCUACAAUUCUAUAAAUUAGAACUAAAAUGCAAAGGAAUUUUCAUGAGAACUCCUACCAAACCUGGAGCUGGGCCCUAGAAAAAAAGGAACGCCUGGGGCCACUGGCAGGGUUGGCCUCUCCCUUGUGGCUUCACCCAGCUGCCACAUGGGAAGGGCUUCCAUCACCGUGCCAAGGUGGGCAAUUUUGUGGGGAGGUGGUGGUGGGAAUUGGGACCCCUCCAUAAUGUCAUAUGCUUGACCCAUAGAUGGUCCAGGAGCUGAUGUAGUCAUGGAAGCCCAGGUUCCCAUCCUAGCUCAAGACAUCUGCCGUGGUGCGCUGGGGCGCCAGCUCUUCACCAGCGCCAUGUUCUGCGCUGGGUUCCUCUCCGGGGGCGUUGACUCCUGCCAGGUAAGGGGGCUCCCGGAGGAGGGGGCGGUGAGGGACAGUGGAGCAGUGCCAGGGGGUAGCCUUCUGGCAUUUCCAGCACACUGCUGGCACAGAAUUUGGCAUCAGGGCUUGGCAGGGAUGGGCAUCUGCUGAGAGACCAUGAUUCCACUAAGGACCUCCAUAGUCCUGCUUCUCUUCACAGUUGCACCCUGCUUGUUCACCUGCCUCUCACUCAGGGCCAGAGCGGGAAAGCAAGGAAAUAACAGCAGUGGUGAGGAGAGAGCGAUGGAUAGAAGCCGCCACUGACUCCAUGCUCAGCUGACAGGCUCUGUCCAGCAGCACUGCUGAGGCAGAGGAGCAACAGCUGGCAAUAGUGGCAGGAAGCGGUCAGAGUCAUAGAGGGGAGAGAAAACGCCAUAUCCUACAGCGUCCAGCUGGACUGGCAGGCAUGCCAUGAUGCCCACAUAACUAGCAUAAGAAGACCCCGCUGGGUCAUGUAGUCCUGCCUCCUGUUCUCACAGUGGCCAAUCAGAUUUCUCCAGGAAGCCCACAGGCAAGAGCCCUCCCUCCCUGUUUCCCAUAAGAACAUCCAAAGAGCCUUCCUGUUGCAUUUAGUCCAAGAUCUUGUUCUCAGAGUGGCCAACCAGAUGCUUGUGGGAAGCCCGCAAGCAGGAUUCAGGCACAAAAACUAUUUCCCCUCCUGCAGUCUCCAGCAGUUGCAAUUGAGAAGCAUCCCUGCCUCCAAAACCACGGGAGGGGGAGAGUUGCUCUUGUGCUCGAAUCCUGCUUGUGUGUUUCUCCACAGGCAUCUGGUUGGCCACUGUGAGUACAGGAUGCUGCUGAGGUGUGUGGUCGUCACGGCACCAGACCUGCCAGUCCAGCUGGCCACUGUAGGCUAUAGAGUUCUGCACUGAAUGGCCCUGAAUGGUCUUUUCCAGCAAGGGCAGGGGGCCAGGAUUCCUUGACUUGCACAUUUCCCUAUUUUGGACCCACAGCUGUUUCUCCUUCCAGGGUGACUCUGGGGGACCACUCACUUGCUGGGACCCUUUGUCAGAGCGGUAUGUGCUAUACGGGAUCACCUCCUGGGGCGACGGCUGUGGUGAGCGUGGGAAGCCUGGGGUGUACACCCGAGUCGCUGCCUUCACAGACUGGGUGCACCAGCAGAUGGAGAGUGAGUGUUAAUGUUGGCGUUGUCGCUCCCAACUUCUCCAACGGGGGGCAGAACAAAUGGGAGGUUGACUGGGGCCAGUCACAUCUUUGCGGUUCAGGGGCUGUGAUGGAGGUAAUAAAUAAUAAUAAUAAAUUAUUUAUAUUCCGCCCUCCCCAGCCGAAGCCGGGCUCAGAGCAGCUAACAACAGUAAAAUGAUACAACAUUCUAAAAUCAUUUCAUUAUAAAAUCAGUUCAAAUCAGGUUAAUGGCAACCAUUGGCUAGAGUUUUGUGAGGAUUGCCAAAGGAGGGGGUCAGGCUGUGCCUUGGCCAAAGGCCUGGUGGAAUACGCCUGGUGGAACAGUUCUGUCUUGCAGGCCCUGCAGAAAGAUGUCAAGUCAAGACAGGGGAGGGUUGCUGUAGCCCAAAUUAGCCACAUCUCUGAACCGUACCUCCAAAACACAGUUGCGAGAAGCGAGGCACUCAGCGGGCCUCAUGAUUGGUCUGGCGUUGGUGAAUUUCACUUCAGGCACCUUCUGUCACUGAACUGUGCCAGCCUGCCAACAUAGGAACGACUAUUUAGACAUUGGUGUCUGGGUUUUGAUUUUUCCUCUUCCCUCCCUAUACAUUUUCCCUUGUGUGUUGUGUUUCCUUAAAUUGUAAGCCUGCAGGUAGGGACUAUCUUGUUUUGAUGGUAUUUAAGCUGUUCUGGGAGCUUUUUUGGCUGAGGAGUGGAGUACAUGUGCUCUAAACGAAACAAGCAAAUGAAUAAAUCCAAAACUGAGGGUGGGUGCAGUGUUUGCUCUGGCACCUCUUUGUGCUUCACAAGCCAGGAACAUCCAAUGUGUUGCUCUCCAUAUGUUGUUGGACUGCAACUUCCAUCAUCCCCUGACCUUUGGCCACACUGGCUGGAGCUGAUGGGAGUUGGAGUUCCGCGACACCUGGAGUGAGCUGCGCUGCCUACCCCUGCUUGAGGCCUUUCAGGUCAGCCCUGCUGGGAAAUCCAUGUUCAUUCCGACCCUUGGUCAGGCCCCUCCCUCUCUCCCUGCCGGAGCACAUGGGCAGUACUGACAGCAAUUCCCCUUUGCUAAUCCUCUGCACAGAGUCGCCCUCCAGCCGGGAGCCCACCUGCUUCGAGCUGCUGGCAUUGGCUCAGAUGCCACCCGAUAGGCAGCGAAUGGAGCUCGGACACCUGUGUGCCUUCUACACCCAGCCCUGCUCCCCCUCUGCUAGUCCAGCGGCUUGUGCCCAUGCUGCAGAUGAGAAGUGCAAGGCCAAGAGGCAGCAAUGCGGUGAGUGGCAUGGCAAGGACUGGCUGGGAGCAGGUUUAGCAUGAGAACCCAGGCUAUUGCAGCUUGUAAAGAAUCAUUUGCCUUUUCACCUGUGGCGAUCACAAUUCUCUCCAGGGGAUCAGGCAGGGACAUUAAAAAAAACACAACCACAGUUCUCUGCUGAACUCUGCUGAAAUGAGACAAAUGGUCCAUACAGGUGUGCCUGGGGAGUCUAGUAAACAUUUAUGUGGGCAAAUAAGUCCACCUGGGUGGGCUUUUCUUCAAGGUGGGGAUAAUUGGGGUGUGGGGAGAAGGCUCCCCAUUAUUGCACAAACCAGUAUAUGGUUGGAGUCUGCUCAUAUGAACACAGGGAUAGCCGUCCACAGCAGGGAAAGUUAUCUUCAACAUUUCUGUCUCACCUCCCUGUGAAGUUAUUCUCAAGGUGGCAAAUCCAAUGAGAGGCAUAGACAACAAAUCCAAAAUUAUAAAUGGAUUAAAAGAAGCUAAAAUGAUACAAUAAAAUGUCUAUCAGUAGGAACACAAUCAAUAUAAAAACAGCAGCUGCUGGAAACUUGUUUUCAAUGGAAGCAACUAUAAAUGAGUGUUUUUAGGGGGAAGGUCUCAGCUGCCUGAUGAGCUGUGAUGGGGAGAAGUGAGCCUCCUCUGAGUAGGGGAUUUCAUGGCCCAGGUGCCACUACAGAAAAGGCUCGGUCCAUCCAUCCCCAGCUUGUUCUUUUGAUCUGGAAGGAAGCAGGCAUUGUCCUCAUCAGAUGAUCUUAAAGGUCGGGUAGUUUCACAUGGAUGGAAGCAGUUCUUAAGAUAAUUUUUUUCCAGACUGUUCAGGGCUUUUAAAAGUCAGAACCAGCACUUUAAACUGAGCUCAGAAACAAACUUGGGAUUAUGAUGGAAAAGGCUGGAAGCCUCUAAACUUCCCAGAGGUUUGAUGGUUACCUUCCCCCAUGCGGCGUCCAUGGAGGAAGGCAGACAUCAAGCCUUUGGGGAGUUCAGAGGAUCCCACUCCUUCCCUCUAUAAUUGUGACCUAACACAUGACUUGCAUAUUCUUCACGAGGUCAUAUCUGUGAGCUGAACUUCACCUCAUGCUUUGAGAAUUUCACGCGGUUGGUUUUGAGCGUUCUAUCCCCCAAGGCAGCACUCGUGAGAGAUCAGCACUUCAUGCUUCCUUUGCCUAAAAGGGUGUCCCUGGGAAGCUAUGUUUCUUUCCCAUAUACUCUGGCGCUCUGUUCGAUGCCUUGUUUUGCUGAGGCUUAAAGCACCCCCAAAGUGAGCCAGACUGGAUUCUUGGUGUCUUGCUGAGGGAUCUCUGCAGCGCCAUUGUUCUUCCCAGGCUGGGCGCUGGAGGCUGAUUGUUCUGUGUGGCAUUCCUGGGUUAAUCAGGUCUACGUAAACACUUGUUUUUCUCCAAAGCAUUGUUGGUUUUGAGGAGAGGCUUAGAUCUGAUCCCAGUGUCUUUUACGGAGCCCAGAGCCCUGUUGACAAAGCCGGUUCUCAGCUCGGGGACAUACUGAGUGAGAGAUUGAAAGGUCCAUUAUGAAGUUCCUGCUAAUGUGCAAUUAUUUAUUUUGUAUAAAGCACGUUUACCCUGUUCUUCAGACACAGAAAAGGCUUCUUGAGUGCGUUGCAAAGACUGGCCGUAAGACAACCAGGACGGCUUUAAAAGAGGAUUGGAUAAAUUCAUGAGAGAUUAGGUUGUUGGUGACUAGUAGCAAUGAUAGCAUCUGCCCCAUGAUAGCUCUGUUGGUAGGGAAUGAGACUCUUAAUCUCAGGGUCAUGGGUUUAAGCCCCACAUUGGACAAAAGAUUCCUGCACUGUAGGGGGUUGGACUAGAUGACCCUCGUGGUCCCUUCCGACUCUACAAUUCUAUGAUUCUGUGGUUGGCCACUGUGAGACCAGGAUGCUAGACAAGAUGGGCCUUUGGCCUGAUCCAGCAGUGCUCUCCUUACAUUCUUCCUAGCGUCAGAGCCCUUGUCCUUCCCAUUCUCCCUCUCUCUCAAAUUCAGUACAAUAAUAUCCAAUCAUGUAUACUAUAAAUGAAGAAAUAAUGAGCACAGCACAUACGACAUUAUAUCAUGCAGGCACAUUAUGAAAAUUGACCAAUUCUGUAUGAAAUUCAUUAGUUAUUUGAUUUCCUGCUUGUGAUUUUAUAUAAUGUUAAUUUUACCAUGAAUGCCACAUUCCAUUCUGCUCCCCCCUCCCCCCCAAAAAACCCAUUUAGAAACAUAAGGGACAGGUUAUUAGUUUUUCCAAUUGCAGGUUAUUUUUUAAAAUUUUGCAGCUGAUAAUAAAAUAGUUCCAUACCGGAUUCUUUUAAAGUAAUAGCUUUUCAAUCAUGUAAAAUAACAGUUUUUUGGACUGUAAGGAAUUAAGCGUGAUCUGUUCAGUGUCUCUUAGAAACGAAAGUGAAUACCCCAAAGGGGCGUAAUGGAAAAACUCGAGCCCAUCUUCCAGGCACGUAGGGGCAAAUGAUAGAUGAUAUGAAAAAUGGAUGAUCACAUUUUAUGGCUAUUUUUAAAAGACGUAGGUACAGCAGUGAGUGGCCAGUUUCCUGAGUGAAGCACGUUGGAAUGAACUUUUAAUCCCCACCUUGGUUGUGGUCUCAGUGAAAAUCACAAACCUGUCAAGCAGCUAGUAGCUCUGAGAAGGAAGCAUCAGAUCAUAGAAUUACAGAGUUGGAAGGGAUCCCCAAGGUCAUCUAGUCCAACCCCCUGCAAUGUGGGAGUCACAGCUAAAGAAUUCCUAACAGAUGGCUAUUCAACCUCUGUGUUGUUGGUUGUUGGCAUCCACCUGUCUCAGGAGUGCUCCUUUGUGGGUGAAGUCAAACCGUUGGAGAGUUACAGCGCCUGCUGUGGCUGUAGAGAACGAUACGGGAGAGACAAGUUUUCUUGCAGCUGGAGCAGAUGAAGGUGUCCGGUUGUGCUGAUGCGGGUGCACCAUGCAUUCUUCCCUGCAGUCAUUCCUCCUUUGGUCACUGCUGUGGAUGCACCCCCUGACUGACUCUCUCCAGGCACUGUGGUUGUCUGCAAGGGAUUCCCACAUGGCGUGUUGAAGUUGCCAGCCUUUGUGUCCUGCUUGCAGACAUCUCUGUAACGCAGAGUUGGUCUGCCAACUAGCCUGGGACCUGAACCCAGCUCCUCAUAGAGCACGUCCUUAGGUAUCCUGCCAUCUUCCUUUCUGUGUGCAUGGCAUCUCCAAUGAACCGAUUGGGACCCAUGAUGGCAGCAUGGGAGGCUUUCAUUGGAGUCUUGCUCUUAGGGUCUUACAGGCAAAUUAAUUGAGGAUAAGGCUGCCAAUGGCAACUAGCCAUGACAAACAUUUCUCCCUCCACUGUUGGAGACAGUAUACCUCUUGAAUACCAGUUCCUCAGAAUCAGAAGCGGGGAGAGUUGUUGUUGGGCUCAGGUCUUGCUUUUGGGCUUUUGAGCACAAGAUAUGGGACCAGAUGAACCUUUCGUCUGAUCCAGCUGCAGGGCUCUCCUUCUUGUGUUGCUCUUAUAGCACUCUUAACUUGUUUUCCCCAGAGCUGCGCUCGUAUGCUCAGACCUUGUUGGAGUUCCUGCGUCGGGCAGAGGAGUUUUUCCGCACUCAGAUUGACUUCUCGUUCUUCACACACUCCCUCCCCCAGUUCAUGGAGCAAGUUUACCACCACCUCUUCCCUCCUCGAGCACGCCAGGAUUCCAGAGGUACUCCUUGGCCCAUGUCUUGGGAUGAAGACAGAAUCAAUAUAAGGGAUCUUGUAGCUCGGGUUUCACUGGUCUGUUGCACUCCAGAGGUUUGGACUACACAAACUAUCAGCGCUGGCUGGAGCUGAUGGGAACUGUGGUCCAAAACCUCUGGAAGGCUAGUGUUGAGGAAAUAAUGUAAAGGUAAAAAAAAAGUUAGGGACGCGGGUGGCACGAUGGGUUAAACUAUAGAACCUAGGGCUUGCCGAUCAGAAGGUCGGCGGUUCGAAUCCCUGCGAUGGGGUGAGCUCCCGUUGUUUGGUCCCACCUCCUGCCAACCUAGUAGUUCGAAAGCACAUCAAAGUGCAAGUAGAUAAAUAGGUACUGCUCCGGUGGGAAGGUAAACGGUGUUUCCAUACGCUGCUCUGGUUCGCCAGAAGCGGCUUCAUCAUGCUGGCCACAUGACCCGGAAGCUGUACGCCGGCUCCCUUGGCCAGUAAAGCGAGAUGUGCGCUGCAACCCCAAAGUCGUCUGCGACUGGACCUAAUGGUCAGGGGUCCCUUUACCUUUACCUUUUCUAAAAAAGGUAAAGGACCCCUGUACAGUUAAGUCCAGUCAAAGUUGACUAUGUGGUUGCAGCGCUCAUCUCACUUUCAGGCCAAGGGAGCUGGUGUUUGUCCACAGACAGCUUUGCGGGUCAUGUGGCCAGCGUGACUAAAUCGCUUCUGGCGCCAUAAUGGAAACCAGAGCGCACGGAAACACUAUUUACCUUCCUGCCACAACGGUAUCUGUUUUAUCUACUUGCACUUAUCUACUUGCACUGGCGUGCUUUCGAGCUGCUAGGUUGGCAGGAGCUGGGUCUGAGCAACAGGAGCUUACUCCGUCGCAGGGAUUCGAACUACUGACCUUCUGAUCGGCAAGCCCAAGAGGCACAGUGGUUUAGACCACAGUUCUAUACGCGUCCCUACUGUUGAGGAAAUAUUGGGUUUCUGGCACACAGUAUCUCCCAUUUCAUCUCCUUGCCAACUUCCAGGUUAUACAAAAUCCCAGACAAAGAUGUUUUGCUACAAUGCAGAAACCAAGCUGUGAUGUCCAUUGAAGUUCUAGUUCUUUAACAGCAUGCAUUUUUGUACGGCCAAAGAAAUUUAUAGUUUCACCCCAUCGUCUCUCUAUUCCAGGAAAUGUAGCCCCUGCUGAAUUUCUGCCUUUAUAUCCCUGUUCAAAGCAUAUAGACUGACUUUGUCAGGAGAAAAUUUGCAAUGCAUCCUCUGCAGCAAAUGAUCCUAGACCUGAGGAAUGCCUGUUGCCCCAUUUCCGCUGCUGUUCAUCAACGGAGUUUCAUCCUCAUACUCACCUUGGUCUUAAUGGCUUGUGAGAGCCCAGAGCUAUCUCCACCUGCAGCUGAAAACUACAGGAGCACAGUUCCUGGCCCUAUUUCUACCCAGGGAUAGAGAGUACCAUCAGAACACAUUAUGACUGUCUUACGGCUAAAGUCCCUAACUGUGCUGCAGCCACCAUAGGUGGGGAAGGGGCUCUUCUCCCCUACCCCAGACUGACACCCGCAUUACCCCCAAGAGCAGGUUGCAGAGCCAGAGGCGGUCGUUGCCACAGGAGGUGGGCAAGAGAGCCUGCAGCCGGAUGCCAGGAAAAUGCAAAAACGAGAAGUUCAGACUUCGCCCAGGAGGUAAGGCGACACCUCUGUGUUUCUGUUGUCCUGGUGCCUUGCUUGUAGGCAUAGUGGCAUGGUGCUGGGUGCCAGAGUGGGAAGUUGUGCGUGCUUGUGUGUGUGUGUGUGAGGGAGAGAGAGAGAGAGAGAGAGAGAGACCUCUCUCCCAUUAGAGCAGCCAGGAAGGGAAGCAUACAGGAAGAGGAUUCAGGGGAGCUACUGAGUUCUUCUCUGGCUUGGAUUGUAACUUUUGGGGACCAUGAUGCUCGCUGGGGAGAGCAUUACAGGUAUCCAGCAUACAUUUUUUGAGUAGGGAAAUACAAAAUUCACCACUAUUAAUCAGGGAACAAUACUAUAACUGCUGACCUUCCGACCAGCAAGCCCAAGAGGUUCAGUGGUUUAGACCACAGCGCCACCCACUCUCUCAUUUACCUGACUAUAACUACAGAGAAAGAUAGAGAGGCGGGAGAAAAUCAGAUUUGUUGAUAGUUAUUUACUGCACAGUCCUGUAAAAGAAAUUGUUUAAAAUCUCAAAGCGUUGGGGUUCUAGAGCUAAUUGCAGUAAGCAGGCAUACCAAUUGUACUUUCGUAUUGGCAAAGGGCAGGGAAUGCAAGCAGAAACUCAGGUGGAUCGUGCCCACCGGCCCACCUCUAAUUCCACGUGUUUAUGCAAACUCACAUGAAGAACCUACUAUACAUGUGCACACUGUCUGUGCAUAGACUAAGCCCAUGUGUGAUCUGCUCCCUAGAUAAUAUCCAGACUGACAAAGGGUUUGGAUCAACCCAGAAGCUUACUUGCAACUUCUUUUUUUGGGCCCCAGUAAAGGUGUUAAGCUGCUGUUCCUUUAGAUUCUUACCAUACUGUUCCUUUGAUGUUAGAAAACCUUUCAUUUCAAAGAGAGGUUGCAUUGAUAGUCAUAGGAGAGGGGUCAGGGAAGAGAUCUUCAAAGCCAGGAGGUGAACCUGGCCAGACUUCCGAAAUGUGCAGCCUCCUUCAUUUUUACUCAGUGACGGUUCACGGAAACACACAAUUAGCUACAGAGAGAGGCAAAGAAGUAGGCUUCUGUAGGCAAGGGCUGUUCCGAACGCUCAUCCUAGGGACCCCUCCAGGCAAGCUGUUUAUUGAGAAUCCAUUGGUUUGCUUGCACAAAAUUUGAUGUGUUUAGACCCUAACACUCAGAGACACACCUGGGAGAGGAAGUACAAGCUGCAUGGCAGGCUUGUGGGUGGGCGGCUCAGGAGCAGAGGUGCUGGGAUAGAGAUGGGCUGAGCACCCUUUUCCUUACUCAGUCUCUCUUUGCAGGCCUCCUCGGUCCACCCUCCCCUCCUUUGCCUCCUUGUUCCAGGGCACGGGGCCCAGUUUGGGCGACUGGGUGCAGGAGCUGAAUGCCCUGGCCGGGGGCUCGAGAACCACAGCCGGCGGGGAGGAGCAGCUGUUCCUGCAGGUAUGUGAAUGGGUGGGGAGGGGAAGAGAGAGACAAGAUUGGAGCAGCACUCUGACUGCAAAGGCAGACAGGAAGUCAUAGAAAGAGGAGAGGGAUAUGGAUCACAGUUUCAGUCAGCUUCGUGGCGUUACUCUCAUUAGGCAGCAGGCCCAGGCCUACCAUAAAGCAAAGACAAGCAGUUGCUUCAGGCGGGAGCUGCUGGGUGGCAGCAACAACAUCCCACCACUAUUCCUCCUGAGAUCACCCACCUGUCACCCACCCCACAAAUCAGUGGUUCUCAGAGUGGGGGUACGGCUCCCUGCAGGGUGAUGGGAUUGCCUGGGGGGGGGUGCUAAGAGGGAAGGGGAAUGCGGGCACUGGAGGUGUAAAUGACUAUCAGAGUUUGAAAAGCUAGUAUCACUCGAUCAGGUCAUCCAUUCUGUUGAAUUAAUCAAACCAAAUAGUUUUAACUGGGGUUUGAUUGAAUGUGCAAUUAAUUGUUACUGUUUUGAAUUUUAUUGUAUUGUUAUCUUAGUGGGUUGUGCAAACUUCUACUCUGUACAGUGGUACCUCGGGUUACAGACACUUCAGGUUACAGACACUUCAGGUUACAGAGUCCGCUAACCCAAUAAUAGUACCUCUGGUUAAGAACUUUGCUUCUUAGCAAAGAAGAAGCAGAAAUCGCGCGGCAGCAGCGGUAGGCCCCAUUAGCUAAAGUGGUGCUUCAGGUUAAGAACAGUUUCAGGUUAAGAAUGGACCUCCAGAACAAAUUAAGUUCUUAACCUGAGGUACCACUGUAUAAUGCUUUUUAUAGGGUAGGAGGCACUUGAGAUGAGUUUAUGAAAGAUUGGGAAGCACUGCCCUAAGCUAACUGCCAGGGCUUGAAGUAAGAGCCGACUGCCAGCCAGCCAGUGAACAGUCACUUUCUGUUCGUGCAACAGGAGUGGGAGGAAGCCUCCUCGUCCUUUUCCCUGGGCAGCAAAGUAUCUUGGCUUUUCUCCCAGGGGACCCACGGUUCAUUUGCAGCUUUCUGCUCCUCCCCCAAUAUAAGUGAGAAGCACUUUAGUGCCAUUAAUGCAGCGGUUUGACUUCACCCCUAGAGGCAUACUCCAUUGUCCCCCAUGACAGACAGAUGCCAGCAACAAUAAAGCACUGGGGGAAGCUGCAUUUAGGGCACUGACACAAAUCGCCCCUGUGAUGGCAUCCAGAUGGUUUUUGUGCAGCGUUUUACGUGUUGAUGAAAGACAAAAGAAUAUCAAUCAGUGGUGCAGUGAAACACCCCUUGUUUCACAGCUAAGCUGAGGAACAGGCAGAUUACAUCACAUUAGCAAGCAUGGCUAAAGGCUAAACCAACCCUUUUAUUUUGGGAAGAAAUAAAACCCCCAGUCCCUUCCCAAUGAAAAAGCAUGCAAGCUUUGCAGCCCAGCAGAACUCUUCACCAGGGUGGAUAUUCAGCAAAGCAGGGGAGUUAAAAAUCCUGCUAGGGCUGCUAGGAGUCCAGAACAUGCAGAGGACACCCAGUCUCUUUGUUCUCGAGGUCCUCCCAUUAUGCUCUUUCCAGUCAUUGGCUCUUCUGGUUGGGAACCAGUCAGCCACUUGACUUGCCAGGCCACUUGCCAGCCCCAAACAGACCUAUCGGCUCGCUCUGAGCUAUCCCUCUGCCUUGUUUCCAAACACAGCAGGCAGAUGGGGAGGUGAAGGAGCUGCAGGAACAAGGGUGGAUCUUCCUUCAGCAGCUGCGAAGAGAACUGGGCCUUCAGGAUGCUUCCCCCGAAGCUGGGACAGAGGAGGAAGACACCAUUGCAGUCACCACCACUCCCCAAGGUCUUGCCUUGAAUGGUAUGGAAUGGGCCAUGGGGCAGGACCAGAAAUGGGAAGGUGGGUGGGUGGCUUUGGGGCACUUGGAGGAUGGUGUACCAGGGCAGUCAAUCCCUAGAAUGAAUCAAGAAGCUUACACUGCAGGGGUGGAGGGAGGCCAGAUCUUUACUUCCCUGCAGGCCAACGUUGGCAGGUGGGCAGCACCACCAGCCCGUCAAUCUUCUGGUGUUAUGAUGGCCUGUGGUGGGGAAGGGUCUGCACCACUAGCGCAUUCCUGCAGCGCCCAGCGGGAUGGAACUCUCCGUUCACCAGCACAUGGGCACUGUUUGGCCUGGAAUGGCCCUGCUUUGUACUGGUCAGGGUUGUAUACCGCUUUGCAAGCCCCAUGGUCAGGGUUGUAUACCGCUUUGCAAGCCCAAUUUCAAAUGCUGGUUUUAACCCAUAAUCCCUUUCACAACUGGAGACCCCAGUGUUUUACGGAGCACCUUGGAUGGCUCAGUCAGAGCAGGAGACUCUUAAUCUCAGGGUUGUGGGUUUGAGCAAAAGAUCCUUGCAUUGCAGAGUUUUGGACUAGGUGACCCUCAUGGUCCCUUCCAAUUCUAUGAUUCAAUUAAAGCCUCAUGAGCCUGCCCGGGCCUUCUGCAUGCAAGGCAUAUGCUCUGACACUAAGCUGUGGCCCUUCCGUGAAUUGGUCUGUGAUGGCUUUUCAUGCUUGGUUGUUGUUUUUUAAUCAGUUCACAUAAUAACUGGAGACUUUCAUAGUUGGCAUCUAACAAAUAAAAGAAUAGCAAUGAUGAUACCUAUUCAGAAUUCUACCCCGAGGAAACAGUGGAACCGCCUUUGGCAGAAUUUCUCCACUUCUCCCUAUCCGCCCUGUUUCCCUUGUUUCCCCUCCCCAGCUGUCCCCCCUCCUCUCUCCCCCCCUUCCCCUGUGCUAAUUAGGAUUAAGGAAAAAAGAUCCCCUUGUCCAACCUUCACCAACCUGGUGCCCUCCAACUGCUGGCUGAUGGGGAAGAAGAGAGACGGGUUAUGAGCAAAGCAAGGCAGGCUAGCUUUGUUCUGUGACUUUUCCCGUAGCUUCUCCCCAACUCUUAAACCUUCACUUUCCCGUCUUGCUCUGUGGCAGACUCCCUGGCCAGCGAGGCCCACCCCCAGCGGGAAAAGCGCAGCCUUGGGAACGCAGGCCCCAUUUGGGGAAAGGAUGACACCUUCCCCCAAGGUAGGUUUGUCCCAAGCUUCCUCAAAACAGAAGGAGGGGAGGGGCCUUGGAUAAAGGGGUGGGGCCUAACAGUGUAUGGGAGGGAACGUCACCUGGUGGAUCUAAGGGCAAAGCCUGGCAGCUUAGGAUGGAGCAAAGAGGCCACAUGUCCUCCUUUGCAGAGGAAAGUCCUCUAUUUGAUGGGCUGUCAGGAAGCCAGUCCUCUGUUUGAAGGGCUGUCCAGUCUAAGUCCAGUUUAAGAAGGUGAGCAAUAGGGGCCUUGAAAUUGCCCAUCAGCAGGUAACAGCUGGUUAGCAGACGGAUCAGCCACACAGCUCACCUGAUUAUAGUCUUCUCUACAGUGAGAUAUAUUCCACAGGCAACGACCAGUUUGUGCACAGCUUACUUUCUGAAGCACUGGACGCUCACGUGAAAUUUCGUAUAAUCGGAACACCCAUUGAAAAAGCCCCCAGACACCCCAUUCCGCCCAUUUUGGUGACGUUUUUUGGUCCCUUUCAGGUUCAGUGUGAUGCACGUAUGCACGGUCUCACACAUAUCAGACAUGCCUAAAACGGUCGCUGCCUGUAUUUAUUUUUAAGUUAGAGCAAUUAUUUCCAAAUGUGCAUGUAUAAAUAUAAAUCAGCAUGGACAAGUAUUUCGGAAGCUGCAAGGGAGCUAUAGGCAGGGUGACCUUGGGGCAGAGGAAGGAUCCCCCCCAACUCCCCCUCUGCUUUGCUUUCCCGACGAAAAUUGUCCCCACCUGAAGCUGCCAUUUGCCUUGGGAGGAAAGGUGCAUCUCCAGAGACCAGCAGCCUUAUCUCCAGCAAGAAUAUUCCCUUCUGCUCUGAAAGAAUUUGCCUGUUCUCUCCCAAAUCUUCUAUCCACCUGCCUCCCACCCCUCUCCCCUUCAGUUCCUGCUGCAGGCUCCAGCUGCCGGGGCGUCAAUGAAUCUGCCCAGCAGGUCCGUUCCGUGCGUGAGAUGCACCGCUGGAUCCUUCAAGUGCCUGAGAGGGACCUCGCCAUGACCUUCCAGGAGGUGAGGAGGAGGAAUGAGAGGACCUGUCAGUUGUGGUUUCUUUCCAUUCUCAUUUGUGCUCAUCUUAAAUUCAGAUCUCCCCAUUCCCACAUCAGUUUGCUGAUCCGCCAUACUGCCACAGUGCACGUGAAAAUUCAUGAUGCUUUUUAGUGCAAAUUCUGCCUAAUAUGUACACAUUUUUGCAAGACAGUUUUCCCUAAUAUAAUGCUCAUAAUAUAAUGAUUGCCUUCCUCUGUACACAUUCCAGCUUGUCAACAUCCUUCUUAAAUUGUGGCACCCGGAAUUAGACACAGGACUCCAGGUGUGCUCUGACCAAGGCAGAAUAGAGCAGUACUAUUAUUUCCCUCAAUCUGGACACUAGACGUCCAUUGAAUAGCAUCAGCUGCAUUUGAUGCAUUGCUCCAUCCUACUAUGGAGGCCCAGCAUAGCCACCAGGGCCAGUAGCCAUUGAUAGCCCUCCACUGCUGCCUUCAACGUCUUCGCCCCCCACUCACUUCCUUUACUCUGUGCUGCCGCCGCCGUUGUUUUCUCGCUUUACGCCUCUUUGUCCUUUUCUCCAAUCAGAUCCUCGUGGAUCUGGGCUCCAAGAACUCCAAGGGCCUAUACAGGGCACGCGUCCAAGCCACCGUUGGACACAGAUCCACCUCCUUCACUGGUCUCGUUGGCCUGGCCAGCGACUCUCUGUACCGCAGCAUGCCUGGCCUCAUUGCCCUCGCCCUGGAGAGCCUGAAGACCUAACCUGGCUGCUCCUGGCAGCGGUUGGACUAAAAGGACGCCCUGCAAAACCAGAGGAUGAAGGCACAGAGACGCCGCACACCCCUCAGUGAGGUCCCCGUCCUCCAGGGUACAAUGGCCUGGGAGUAAGGAAGUGUGGCGCAGGUCUGCUGAUCUGCCCGUGCAGGGAUGAGGGGCCUUUCCUCAUCCAAGGGCCGCAUUGCCUUGUUGGGAACCUUCUGGGAGCCACAUGCCAGCGGAAGGCAAGGAUGGGCAGAAGGGAGCAGAGCAACAGACUCUACCUUUGUGCAGCUGGCUGCAUUCCAGCCAGACAAAAACCAGAAGUUUAUACACACACACACUCCAUCCUUCCUCCAGGCAAACAAGAACCAUUGUCAGUGAUAAAAGACACAUCCCAGCCAGGUCAAAACAUUCAAAGAGGGGCAGGGCUGGGGAGGACUGGGAUGGGAAGGAGGCAUGGCUUAGGGGGAGGCCUGAUGGCGAGGGAGAUGAGCUUGGGGGGCAGCAUUCAGCCUCUCCAGGCCUUGGGUUCUUCACUGUACUAGUCUAAGGGCAGCUCAGAGCACAAGCUAGUCUCUCUGCACCAAACCACAUUCUGUUUUUCUUUUUCCAUAUGCUUAAACUGGGCACUUUUAUUUUGAUGAAAGAGCAGGCAUGGGGCCCCAAUCCAGAACAUGUUCCUGGCCCAGAUCAGGCCCUCUCACACCCCAUGCCCUGCUGAAAAAUCUGCCCCCUUCCAGGCUUCUGUUUACCCCGCAAGGCGCUGCUUGCAGGAAACAAAUCCAGAGCGGACAAAAUAUCAGGUGAUGAUGAUGGCAACUUUCAGGACCUGAGACCAGUUGAGGAGCAAGCCUCAUUUUGGGGAUGGGGGAUGGGGGGGCAGUGUCAUCUAAUUGCGACUUUCUCUUCCAAAUAAAAGCGGCAGGAGUAGAAUGUGGAGGGACCCCCAUUGUCUAAGAAAGUGUCUCUGGGGCUGAGGGUGGCCGAGUAAAAGCCUUGCAUUAUGGGAAAUAUAUUUAUUUGUACAAAGGCUUGUUUUUGUAAACAAAUAAAAUUAUAUUUUGUGGUAUAUCU